AUGCAUCUUAAAAACCUUUUCAUGUUGAGUAUUCUCUUGACAUCUGGAGUAGUUGGUCCAUUCUCAACUAAUGCCACUACUUCAAUUUCUGCUCACGAAUCAAUUGUUCGUCCUCGCUUUUCUGAUGGCAUUUCUGGAAAAACUGAACUCGAACCACGCUAUUAUAGAGAGUCGUCUGAACAACGCAAAUAUAAUCGUGGCGAUAAGCGAGAUCUUGCUACACGCUAUUACAGGGAAUCAUCCGAACAACGCAAAUAUAAUCGUGGUGACAAGCGAGACCUUGCGACACGCUAUUACAGGGAGUCAUCCGAACAACGCAAAUAUAAUCGUGGUGACAAGCGAGACCUUGCGACACGCUAUUACAGGGAGUCGUCAGAACAGCGCAAAUAUAAUCGUGGCGACAAGCGAGACCUUGCGACACGCUAUUACAGGGAGUCGUCAGAACAGCGCAAAUAUAAUCGUGGUGACAAGCGAGACCUUGCGACACGCUAUUACAGGGAGUCGUCCGAACAACGCAAAUAUAAUCGUGGUGACAAGCGAGACCUUGCGACACGCUAUUACAGGGAGUCGUCCGAACAGCGCAAAUAUAAUCGUGGCGAUAAGUGA